CGGGGAGUCGGUGCCGCCGCCCGCGCCCCGCGCCCCGCGCCUCGAGCCUCGCGCCCGCGCCCCGCGCGAGCUCCCGCCGCGGCUCCUGCGACAGGCCGAGGGCCGCCACCGGCCGGGACCCGGCAGGAGCGCGCGGCUGCGGAGUCGGGCAGGGCUGGGGACGGCGCCUUUUGUCCCCGGAGACCCCUGGAAGUGUGCGGCGGGCGCGCGGAGGCGGCGGGCAGCCCCGACGUGGAGGAGCCGGCGCGCAGAGCCGGCAUGGGCCGCGGGCGCGGCGCGGGGGGCCGCCGCUGGGCCGGCCCGGGCGUGCUGCUGGCGCUGGCGGCCGCGCUCCUGGCCGCGGGCUCGGCCAGCGAGUACGACUACGUGAGCUUCCAGUCGGACGUCGGCUCGUACCCGAGCGGCCGCUUCUACGCCAAGCCGCCGCAGUGCGUGGACAUCCCCGCGGACCUGCGGCUGUGCCACAACGUGGGCUACAAGCGGAUGGUGCUGCCCAACCUGCUGGAGCACGAGACCAUGGCCGAGGUGAAGCAGCAGGCCAGCAGCUGGGUGCCCCUGCUCAACAAGAACUGCCACAUGGGCACGCAGGUCUUCCUCUGCUCGCUCUUCGCGCCCGUCUGCCUCGACCGGCCCAUCUACCCGUGCCGCUGGCUCUGCGAGGCCGUGCGCGACUCGUGCGAGCCCGUCAUGCAGUUCUUCGGCUUCUACUGGCCCGAGAUGCUCAAGUGCGACAAGUUCCCCGAAGGGGACGUCUGCAUCGCCAUGACCCCGCCCAAUGCCACCGAAGCCUCCAAGCCCCCAGGCACAACGGUGUGUCCUCCGUGUGACAACGAAUUGAAAUCUGAGGCCAUAAUUGAACAUCUCUGUGCCAGCGAGUUUGCACUGAGGAUGAAAAUAAAGGAAGUGAAGAAAGAAAAUGGUGACAAAAAGAUUGUCCCCAAGAAGAAGAAGCCGCUGAAGUUGGGGCCCAUCAAGAAGAAGGAACUGAAGAAGCUCGUCCUGUACCUGAAGAACGGGGCCGACUGCCCGUGCCACCAGCUGGACAACCUCAGCCACCACUUCCUCAUCCUGGGCCGGAAGGUGAAGAGCCAGUACCUGCUGACGGCCAUCCACAGGUGGGACAAGAGAAACCAGGAGUUCAAAAACUUCAUGAAGAAGAUGAAGAACCAUGAAUGCCCCACUUUUCAGUCUGUCUUUAAAUGAUGGCCCCCCCGGGGCGGGUUGGGGAGGGAGCUGGGGGGUGGGGGGGAAAGUGGACGACCCUAGGCCCCCACGGGUCGCACACACGCACACAUCGCUCCUGUGGUAGUGGACAUCGUAGUCCUGCCGGCUUCGUCCUUGCUGCCUUCUCACCCCCUUCCCUCCACAGCCACGCUCCAGCCCCAGGGCAGCGCGUCCGGGGGAGGCGAGGGCCGCUUAGGUUAGGACGGCUUUGCGGUCUCGCUGUGCAGAGGAGGUGCCAGAGCCUCUUCCCCAGGAUGCAGUCACCAAGAAGCAAAGCCCUGUUUGCCAGGACGCGCACACGCGCAAGGGGGGCACUUGGGCAAAAAAUGAGAGCCAGCAGCAAAAACUAAGCUUUGCAACUUGUUGGAUGGAUCUAUCGGCUGAUCUCUGCCUUUGCAACCGGCCAAUUCUAACUAUUGCUACAUCUUGUUGCCUUCCGUUCCAGAGUGAUUUCUCACCUGCUUUAGACAGAAAGACACACACCACACUUACGCUUUCAGAUUAAUUCCAGGAGGUAACAGGUGCAGGGAAGAAGAGUGGCAAGUAUAGAAUCUCAUGGUGCCUGCAGAGGCGGGGCAGGGAGGUCCCCUCUGGCUCUGCCCUCCGCCCUCCACGUGACUGUCUCUGGAUGUGAGUCAGCCAGUUUCAGAUGCCACAGAAGUGGCAGGGCCCAUCAGCCCGGGGCCCCUAGACACACGGAGGGGUGGCGUGUGCCCACCUCCGUGUGAGGACAGGGAAACACGGUGGGCAUGAGCAAGACCAUGAUUUCCAGACUGACAAGGCAAUGGUUAGUGGUUUUUGAAAACAUAGUUAAAGGAGGGGAAAAAAAAACACUUUAGAACAGUCCAGGAAAUCGCUAGUCAGGGUGAGCUGGUAAAGCUGAUUGGAGAGAUUACCAUUCUUAUUUCACCUGUCUGUUCGAUUCACAUUUUUCAAAGAACAUCAGCAAUAAAAAACAAACCACUUUUCAAGGGUUUUUUUUAAAGUCGACAUGGAGCAUUUGAGAGGGGUGCUGAGGCAAGGCCUCUCGGUCCGCUGGAGGCUGCGGUCUGGCAGCGCAGGCGGGAGGUGGGUUCCCCGGCGGGGCAGCCCGGGUCCUGCCUCCCCCCAGUCACGGUUGCCUGGACGCCCACACAACGCCAGCACAGCUCACCCGCUCCUCUGCGAAGGAAUGGAGUCCUUUCAGCUUGAUUUCCUACAGAUCAGCCUGCCUGCCUGUCCCCUGCGCUUUUUACAUAUAUAUUUUUUUUUCAUUUCUGCAGAGGGAAAGUUGUUUCCAUCCAAGAGAGAGUUUCAAAAGCAAAACGUCUCUGCGGUUUUUCCCAAGUGCCCUGAGAUAUUUCUGAAAGCCCUUAUGUUUGAUAAGGGAUGUAUGUAAACCAGUUCACGUAGACAACUUUUUCUUAUCCAAUGUAUAGGAAGUAAUUCUAAAAAAUGAAUGUUAAUGUCUUCCCCCAAAGCCGGCCCUGUGAUUCUCUGUGACGCCUCCGGGGCCCUUGAGACUGCCGCUCUGGGCGACUGUUCAUGCCCAAUCCGGCCGCGGCUGUGGGGCUGCGAGGUGCCGCUGCCCACGGCCCGGCCUGAUGCGGGACCCGUGGCAUGUCAGCGUGCCAACUAGUCACCCACCUGACAGCUGUCCUGAUAUAACUAACGGCUCACAGUUAGUGAGCCCAUCAUUUUAACACCUUUUCUGGGGGGGCGGGGUUCUCUCUGACCUUUAAUCAUAAAGUGUUGGGGACCUUCAGUAAUUUGCCUGUAAUUUUGGAUGGUUAAGGAAUGUGUAUAUAUAUAUGUUAGCUAAUUAGAAAUAUUCUGCUUUCCUGUCGUCAAAGUGAAAUUCAGAGUAAUUUCAUGAGUGUGUGGAUCUGGGUCUUGGCUUUGGUGGGUGAGUGCACGAGUCAGCGCGUGCCGCAUCUGCGCCUCCUGGCAAAGCGCCCGGUGACAGGGCCUUCCCUCUGAGGCAGGGGCCUUGGCAGAGGGGUUUGCCUGGGGCGUGAGGAGUUGCCGCGGAGUGUGGAGGAAGGGUGGCCGUGCUGUGCAACCCUCCCAAUGGGCACUGGCGGCUCGGAAGUGACGUUGCAGAGUCCAGAGCGCGGGAAAUGUGAGCUGCCGCUGCGGGGCUUGUGCAGCCCCAGAGUCCCUGGGCUGGGAGCUCGCUGUGGACUUGCAUGACUUGGACGCACACCAGCACUGUCUGUGUCACCUCAGCAAUUUCAGGACCAAGAGGGCUGCUGUCCGUGGGCCUGGAGCUGCGUUAUCACCAGCUUCUGUUUUUCUCAACGAAACGAUGCAACAGAACCGGUGUGCAUGCUCAUUGGAUUGGCCCCUGGUUUCCUGAAGAGGAGGUCUGUGUCUGGUUUGGUAGCCACUGCUAGUGCACAGGUCAGAUCUGUAAAGCUUUAAAAUGGUCACUCUGGACAGAGUCCUGUGAGUCCAUUGGCAGAACUCAGCUCCAUCUUCGAGGCAUAUUCGUAGUUAUCUUGGAAGACAGCGUGCUAAGAGAGAAUUCCAAGAACAAUCUAUUGUUAGGAUACCCUGUGUGACACCCGGCUCCCGAUGCUGGGGGUCAGCACCCAGUUCUCCCCAAGGCAGGGUCCCGGCAGAGCCCGUGUCCCUGUGCGUCCGCGAGUUGCAGCUGCCCCACUUCCCAGACCGAAACCCGCUUCCUCCUUGGACUCCAGGGAACUUGUUGCUCUGCCGCAGCCUCGCCCGUGAGCCACGUGCUGGGCUCGGGUGGCUGUUUCGGGGACACCUCGGGCGGCUUCCGCGAGACCCGCUGUCCUCCGCGCUGGCCCCGCCCGGCUGAUACGAGAACCCAGACGAGAUUCUGUUCCCUAGUUCCUUCUUGUAGGACUCCUCUUUUCCAGUCUAAAUCUCCUACAAAAGCUUGGAAUACUGUGAAAAUGUUUGACAUUCCAUUUCAUUUGUGUUUUUUUAAAUGCAUUUUACCAGAUGUUUUGAUGUUAUCACUUAUGUUAAUGGGAAUUCCUGUACGUGUUCACUUUAUUUUCAUGCUUUUCCUGCCAUGUAUCAAUAUUCACUUGACUAAAAUCACUCAAUUAAUCAAUG